AUGGUGGCACAAGUCCCGACGCUCCACCCGCAAAGUGAGGAGCUCAUCAUUGACAAGGUCCGGUACAAGGCAUUCGACUUGGCCGGCCACGAGAUCGGAAGGCGGCUGUGGAAGGAUUACUUUCCAGUUGCCAGCGCCAUUGUCUUCUUGGUGGACUCCGCAGAUCGGAGCAGGUUUCCGGAGGCUGCCGAAGAGCUGCGGAAUCUUCUGCAGGAGAAGGCCCUGAGUGCUGUGCCGAUUGCAAUACUAGCGCAGAAGGUUGAUCUGCCUGGAGCAGCAUCCAAAGAAGAGUUUGCUGGUGCCCUGGGCGUCCCAAGAUCCUCGGAUCGCAGCAUCGAGGUGUUCAUGUGCAGCGUGAUGGAGCGCAAGGGUUCCGAGCUCAGGAAGGUCGAAGAUGUCCUGCCAAGGCCUCUCAACAUGUCAAGCACAGACAUCUUCAGCUUCGCUCGCAAAGCGUCGGAAGUGGUGCUCAUUGGAGGGGCCUACAUUUCUGUUUCGGCGGGCCUCAUCACAUUCAACAAGUACCUGAUGCAUGAACAUCGUUUCCCACACGCCCUGCAUCUCACUGCGGUGCACAUGGCUGUGACCACAGUUCUUUCCCUGACGCUGUACAGCACCAUGCCCUCCCUUUAUCCCUCCAUGGACAAGGCCCUCGAAAAUCGAGGCUUGUUGACCCGAUUUCUGGCCCCGCUUGGCAUCCUCUUCGCUGUGGCACUGGCCUGCUCGAACCAGGCUUACCUGUUCUCCAGUGUCGCCUUCCUGCAGUUCUGCAAGCAGGGCAACAUUGCCUUCAUCUUCUUCGCAUCAUGCGCCCUCGGGCUGCAGACCUUCAGCUGGCAGAAGAUGCUGAUUUUGUCCAUUGUCGUGACCGGCUGCUGCAUUUGUGCCCACGGGGAGAUCAAAUUCCAGAUGCUGGGUCUGAUCUUCCAGCUGUCUUCCCAAGUCGCGGAGUCUUCCAAAAACCUGCUGGGCGAGAUCGUGCUUACUGGUGCAGGGCUCAAGCUGGAUGUCCUGACCUUUGUUCUGUUUCAGGCGCCAUUCUCUCUACUUCCGCUGUUGAUCGGAGUCGUUUGGACAUGGUCGCCAGAAGUCCUGCAAGACUUCAUGGGCAUGUGGUGGGUCGUCCUUCUGAACGCUGUCGUCGCUUUCUGUCUCAACGUCCUGAUUGCCGUCACCCUGAAGAGACUUUCUGCGCUUGCCUUCGUGAUCAUCGGUGUCGUGAAGGAUGUCACCAUUGUGGCCAGCUCUAGCAUGAUAUUCAAUGACCCGAUCUCGCACCAGCAGUUCAUCGGUUUCAGUGUCACAAUCUGUGGCAUAGCUCUCUGGAGCCACCUGAAGCUCAAGGAGCAGUGCGCCAAGGACUACAGAAUCUCACCCGGGUCUGUUUUAGCAGUUACGGUGAACUACAUCUCUCUUGCCAAGACUGCACUUGAGCAGGAAGACAAGGCUUCUGAGACGACACCGCUGACGGAUCGUGCGGAGAAGAAGCCGGUGGCUGCCUCAGGCCGAAGUGCAGCCGAAGGACUAAGGCAACCGAGGGUGCAUGAAGGCUGGCAUCAUUGGGGAUGGUGCGUUGUGCGCCGGACCUGA